AGGCUGUAGAGCACCUCGUGGUCACAAGGUAGCGAUAGUCCGCACGGUCGUGGAGACGAGCGGAGCGCGGAGAGAGAACUACAUUUCCCAGACGACUCUCGUGCGCGCGCCUCUGCCCGCGCAAGAGGGGCGAAUGCACUAGGCGCUGCGCUCCCUGCCGAGCUCGUCGCCCGCCCGAGCCUUUGCCACGGGAUGAGGUGGGAGGCGCUAGAAACCACUUAGCUACAGCCAAGCGCCCAAUGCAGCACUCGCUCGCUCCCCCCGCCAGCGGAAGCGCCCGCGGAGCACAAUGCAGCACUGAGGCAGCGCCGCGGCGGAACCUGCAGCGCCACGGCCGCCGCAGCACCGGCCCGGGUUGGGAGCGGGCGGCCAGGCCAGCCGCGGGGCGCGGCGCGGGGGAGCCGGACCUGGCUGCUCGGGCAUGAGUUGCUGAGCGUUUCCCACCCGGCGGCCGGCGGCAGCACCAUGCAGGCGGCGGCGGCUGCGUCCGUGCCCUUCUUGCUGCUCUGUGCCGUGGGGACCUGCCCCCCGGCGCGCUGCGGCCGGGCAGGAGACGCCUCUUUUACGGAGCUGGAGAGGAGGGAUGAAAACCGCUUCCUGGAGCGCCAGAGCAUCAUGCCGUUCCGGCUCAUCUACCGCUCGGGCGGCCGCGACGAAGCUGGGCACGACGCCCUCGACACGCGGGUGCGGGGCGACCCCGGCGGCGGGCAGUUGACUCAUGUUGACCAGGCAAGCUUCCAGGUUGAUGCCUUUGGAACAUCAUUUAUCCUUGAUGUCGUGCUAAACCAUGAUUUGCUGUCUUCUGAAUACAUAGAGAGACACAUCGAACCUGGAGGGAAGACAGUGGAAGUUAAGGGAGGUGAACACUGUUAUUACCAGGGUCAUAUCCGGGGAAACCCUGCCUCAUUUGCUGCAAUGUCAACAUGCCAUGGUCUUCAUGGGAUGUUCUACGAUGGGAACCAUACGUAUCUCAUUGAGCCAGAAGAAAAUGACACCUCCCAGGAGGAUUUCCGUUUUCAUUCAGUUUACAAAUCCAGACUGUUUGAAUUUCCCUUGGACGAUCUUCCAUCUGAAUUCCAGCAAGUACACAUCACUCCACCAAAAUUUAUUUUGAAGCUAAGACCAAAAAGGAGUAAACGGCAGCUUCAUCGACAUCCUCGUAGUGUAGAGGAGGAGACCAAAUACAUUGAACUGAUGAUUGUGAAUGAUCAUCUUAUGUUUAAAAAGCACCGGCUCUCCGUUGUACACACCAACACGUAUGCGAAGUCUGUGGUGAACAUUGCGGAUCUAAUAUAUAAAGACCAACUUAAGACAAGGAUAGUAUUGGUUGCCAUGGAAACCUGGGCGGCUGACAACAAGUUUGCCAUAUCUGAAAACCCACUGAUCACCCUACGUGAGUUUAUGAAAUACAGGAGGGAUUUUAUCAAAGAGAAAAGUGACGCAGUACACCUUUUUUCGGGGAGUCAAUUUGAGAGUAGCCGGAGCGGGGCAGCUUAUAUUGGUGGGAUUUGCUCGUUGCUGAAAGGAGGAGGCGUGAAUGAAUUUGGAAAAACUGAUUUAAUGGCAGUUACACUUGCCCAGUCACUAGCCCAUAAUAUUGGUAUUAUCUCAGACAAAAGGAAGUUAGCAAGUGGUGAGUGUAAAUGUGAGGACACGUGGUCCGGAUGCAUAAUGGGAGACACGGGCUAUUACCUUCCUAAAAAGUUCACCCAGUGUAACGUUGAAGAGUACCACGACUUCUUGCAGAGUGGAGGUGGUGCCUGCCUUUUCAACAAGCCCUCUAAGCUUCUCGAUCCUCCUGAGUGUGGCAAUGGCUUCAUUGAAACUGGAGAGGAGUGUGACUGUGGGACCCCGGCAGAGUGUGUUCUUGAAGGAGCAGAGUGUUGUAAGAAGUGCACUUUGACUCAGGAUUCUCAAUGCAGUGAUGGUCUUUGCUGUAAAAAGUGCAAGUUUCAGCCGAUGGGGACCGUGUGCCGGGAAGCAGUAAAUGAUUGUGAUAUUCGUGAAACAUGCUCAGGAAAUUCAAGCCAGUGUGCCCCAAAUAUUCAUAAAAUGGAUGGAUAUUCCUGUGAUGGUGUUCAGGGAAUUUGUUUUGGAGGAAGAUGUAAAACCAGGGAUAGACAAUGCAAGUACAUCUGGGGGCAAAAGGUGAUGGCAUCGGACAAAUACUGCUACGAAAAACUGAACAUCGAAGGAACGGAGAAGGGUAACUGUGGGAAAGACAAGGAUACAUGGAUACAGUGCAACAAACGGGAUGUGCUCUGUGGUUACCUUUUGUGUACCAACAUUGGUAACAUCCCAAGGCUUGGAGAACUUGAUGGUGAAAUCACAUCUACUUUAGUUAUGCAGCAGGGAAGAACUUUAAACUGCAGUGGUGGGCAUGUUAAGCUUGAAGAAGAUGUAGAUCUCGGCUAUGUGGAAGAUGGGACACCUUGCGGUCCCCAAAUGAUGUGCUUGGAGCACAGAUGUCUUUCUGUGGCUUCCUUCAACUUCAGUACAUGCCUAAGCAAUAAAGAAGGCACUGUGUGUUCAGGAAAUGGAGUUUGCAGUAAUGAGCUGAAGUGUAUGUGUAACAGACACUGGAUAGGUGCAGAUUGUAGCACUUACUUCCCUCACAAUGAUGAUGCAAAGACUGGUAUAACUCUGGCUGGCAAUGGUGUUGCUGGUACCAAUAUCAUAAUUGGCAUAAUUGCUGGCACCAUUUUGGUGCUGGCCCUCAUAUUAGGAAUAACUGCAUGGGGUUAUAAAAACUAUCGAGAACAGAGACAGUUACCCCAGGGAGAUUAUGUAAAAAAGCCUGGCGAUGGCGACUCUUUUUAUAGCGACAUUCCUCCUGGAGUCAGCACAAACUCAGCAUCUAGUUCUAAGAAGAGGUCUGCUUUUCUGUCGCAUUUUCAGAUUUCUACCUGUUCCAUCACACAUUAUUCCAUUAGUCAGAACAUUUCAUUAUUUUGCAGCAGGUCAAAUGGACUCUCUCAUUCUUGGAGUGAAAGGAUUCCAGACACAAAACAUAUUUCAGACAUCUGUGAAAAUGGGCGACCCCGAAGUAACUCUUGGCAAGGUAACCUGGGAGGCAACAGAAAGAAAAUCAGAGGCAAAAGAUUUAGACCUCGGUCUAAUUCAACUGAGAGGGAGCCCCAAGCACCUGAGCCUGGGCACUCCCUCGCCCAGACAGUCCCAUCCCAAGGCAUAAGCCCAGGGGGCUCUGACAGCCCCCAGACAGGGAGUCUGGAUCACAGGUAUUUAAACCCAUGGUUCAAAAGAGACUAUAAUGUAGCUAAGUGGGUAGAAGAUGUGAAUAAAAACACUGAAGGACCAUACUUUAGGACACUCUCUCCUGCCAAGUCUCCUUCUUCAUCAACUGGGUCUAUUGCCUCCAGCAGAAAAUACCCCUACCCAAUGCCUCCACUUCCUGAUGAAGAGAAGAAAAUGAACCGACAAAGUGCCAGGAAACCCAGCCUCAUGGAAUCACUGCAAAUCUAUCUGCUCUUCAGACAAAUUGAAGAUCCUCUGAGAUGCCCCAGAGGAGAGGAAGCCAAGUCCUACAUCUGGAUACCAUUUUCUUUUUGUCAUUGGCUUAGGAUUUAACUGAACCAUGAAAAGAACUACUCAAAUGUUACCUUAUAACAUGGAACAGUAAAGGUACUGGUAUGUUAACAGAUAAUCCGCAUGACAGAAAUAUGUAGAAAUAUCACUAAGAUUAACUCACAUGACCCAAAUGUAGCAAGUUUCCUAAGGGACAGUCAUGGAUUCAGAACCUGACAUUCUGAAGCACAUCCUCAUUGUAGACAGCAAUGCUAUGUGCAUGAAGCUUCUGUUUCUUGUUUUCUACAUUUAAGGAAACAACAUCCCAUAAUAGACACUAGCAUGCAGGGCUAAGGCAUAUAGGAUUUUUCUGCAGGACUUUAAAGCUUCGAGAGGCCACUAUCCCAUAAGCUAACCUUAAAUAUGUAUUUUUAUUUUUGUUUUAUCUUUUACUUUUCAUAUUUAUGUCUGCAUACAAGGACAAUUGUACAUAUGUAAACAUUUUUAAAAUAAAAGAAAAGCAGCUGUUACACACAAGUAUAAUUUGCCAAAUGCCUAACAACAGUCACACUCAUAUCAUUGUUCUCCAUCAAAUGGUCUUUAAAGAUUAUAAGCUGAUGAUGAUGUAAAUAUAGUGGUCAACACACUAAAUGUGUCCCUCUAUAACUGGUAUUUGUUCAAAAGAGUGACGUCCCUUUAAACUGUGCACAGUCUGGAAGCAGUUUUAUUGAGCAAUUAAUUGAACAAGAGAACAAAAUGCCCUGCAAACUGUGGGGCCUCCACGGCUUCCUGGGGCCGGAGGCCAGUCACACAGCUGCUGUCCUGUCACCAAUCCCUGUGGCUGAUGUACUGCUUGCUGGGGAUCCUCCACUCUGUCCAAUUUCCCCCUGGGGGCUGCAGAGCCUGCCUGAGCAGCUGUCACCUUUCAGUACCAGAGCUCCGCUGGUCUCCCCCUGUGGCCUCUGAGCCCCCAGCAGUCCUGCUGAGAACAGCAAGGGCACAAAGAUGCACGAGGCCAGAGGUAGCUUCACUUGCCAAUACUCUAACCCUCUGGGGCCUCAGGUUUUGUACUUUAACAGAAAUUUCUAGCCACUCUUACCUAAAAUGAAUGACUUGUUUUGAUAAAAACAAUUUCACACUGUUUAUUAAGGCUAUCUACCAUCAGUGGGACACGCUUCCCAACAGGUCCUUCUGCACAGGCUUGGAAGCAAGACAGUGGAAGAUUCUAGAGCUGGGCUGGGACACCUGAGCAGGCCACAGGGUUAACAGACACCAACAACCACGAGUGGGCAGCAACUGCAAAGUCAUCCAGAUAGCCAGCAGGGGAAAGAAUCUGAUGUUAACUCUCUUUUUCAACCCAUAAAAAAGAGAAAUCUCUGUUAAAGCCCCUCUUUACAACCAAAGCGAUAGAGCGCAGCUCUGCCAUUCCAGAGGGACGCUUCCCUAGGGAGGCAGCACAGUGAGCUCUGAAAUUGAUGGGGUCAGUCAGACGCUUUGAAGGGAAGAGUACUUCAGAAUGUACUCAUUUUCUCUCCUUUUUUUUGAGAGGAAUGGAAUCUGCAGACAGGAUUUCAGAAAUGUCCUCUAAAUUUAACCUCUCCCCAUACUGUCCCAUAGACAACAUCCAUUUCCUCUCCAUGGCAUCACCUGCAAUGUCCAAACCACAGGGGCGAGUUAGAGGCCAGUGUUCACACUCUGUGUGUUUCUAUCUUCAGUGGCCCUCUCUUCUGAAAGCCUUUGAAGACAUUUGAAAAGCAACUUAGUUAUCCCAAAUUCUAAAGCAUAAGCAGCAUUUUUCAUGACAGGAAGAGGUGUAAUCAUUGAUACUACAGUAAAGUGACCCAGCAGACUGAAGUUUGGGUGAUGUUUCCACAUAGCUUGAAGCCAAGAACAGAAGGGCAGACAGAUUUAAAGAUGUAGCAAAUAAAGUGGCUUUUGACUAAGAAAAGAUCACUUUUGACCAAGUGCACUGAAUGUUUUCUGGUAUUGACUGUAUAAAAUGCUAAUGUUAUAAGCUUUAUUUUGACUAUAAAAGAGUUUAUAGAUUUGAAUGUAAGGUACCUCAUGUAAAUAUGCUUCCUAGUUAUGGUUAUACAAGCUCUAAUUUGAAAGAAUCCACAGAUGGCUAGCUACGCCAUCAGCAGAGCCCCUCAGCCCUCUCUCUCUUUCCUCACCUUCUCAGUUACUUUUACAUGAAAAUUAUAAUUUCAAGUGACAAUCAGUAGUACAUGCCUUUUGGGAGUGAUGGUUGUUCUAGAGGUAUAUAGUUUAUAGUCAUCCUCCUUAGUAAUAACCUUCAUAAGGAACUGAAUGAAAAGUGUUUUGUUUGCAGAGAUUAUGAGAUUAUGAUUUUGUAGUUGCUUGAAUGUUCUAUUCUGGGUAUCUGCUCAAUCUAAAAUGUUUAAACAUUCUUACAGCCAUUUGCAGAAUUCUUUGUCACGUUUAUAAUCUCAAUGGAAUAGUUUUGAGAAGUACCUGUAUGUGUAUUCAUGGUUGGUGUUCUAGAUGUAGUCAGCCUAAAUAUUUAUGACUCUUCACCCACUGAGGCAGGGAGAACAGACCCAUGGCACUGACACAAGCACAGCAUUAUUGUUUUUAUAUAUAUCUAUUUUGGGGAGGAAUUUUGAGGCCAAAUAGCAAUUUGUAUCAUGCAACUAAUACUUAUAUCCCCCAGUGACCUAUAGGACAUUUAUAUGAAGCAGAGAAGAGCAGUUAUUUGGCCUUUAUGAUCCAUUGUAUGCUUUUCCCUCUCUUUCUGGAGUUCUGUGCAUAGCUAAGACUUCAGAUUGACAGCCCUGCUACCUGAGAUGUUCCGUUUACACAUAGUCAUUACAGUGGUAAGCUCUGGUUUAAACAAACACUUAGAUCUCUUCUCUGUCCUCAAGAGGGUUGAGGAGUAACGGAGUCCUGAAGGGGCUGGCUGGUCAGACUAAUUUGUUUCUGUGAUCAGCCACCCUUUCUAUAGUCAGGAGGUGGCUUCCUCCUCUGGAGUCUCUGGCUAGAAAGUGAUUCCUCAUCACAUGCAAUAUGUGGAAAGGAAUAAACUUCACCAUCAGUGCAGCAGAAGGAAGCCUUUUAAAGUGCUGUAGUUGCUGUGUUUUAAAAAGAAACACUGCUGUUCCUUUUUAAAAAAAGUGCAACUAAUAAACUGUAGGGUUAAAAUGCCAGACAUAUUUUUCAGUUUGAUAGAGAUGCUUAAGUGAUACUCCAGUUUCCUUCCCUCCCUUUUUCCCUUAUCUCUUCCCCUCACUUUAAAAAGGCUUUAAAAAUGUGUUUGUACAUAAGGUCAGUCCAACAUAGAUUUCUGAACAUAGGAUUGAUAGGGUUUCUAAAAGAAGUUGCUGAAAAGAUAAAAUUAGAUAUUCUGUGCACUUCCAGAGAACGACCAUUUGUGUUUGAAUUCCGGAACAGGCUUACAUUUGUCAUUUUUUAUUUCUGUUGAUUCCCCUGCAGAUUUGCAUAACUUAAUCCUGUCCAUUGUCCAGAUUUCUCAUGGCUACUCUACCUUUUACCUUUUCAAAUUUUGUUCUUUGCUUUUUAUAGUUUCUUAUGGGCUAUAGGAAAUAGGCUACGUCUGUUCACUUCUCUCAGUGUUUCAAAAUCAAGUUUGUCCAUUUAUUUAUUUCAUCCAUUCUUCAUUUCUGUUGUCAUGUAGUGCUAUUUUAAUUAUAUACUUAGUGCUUUAAAUAUGUCCUGUGUUAUUCAACAUGAUAAUAAAUCCUUACCUAAAGAGAA